AUCGAUGUCUGUUUAAUAGCUUGCAAAGUGUAAAAGGAACUUCACCUUCCACUAGCUUUAUCAGUUCUUUUCGUCACAACUUCCUUUGUGUUGGAAUUUGAAUUAAAUUUUGAAAAUGGACAGAAUUUCAAUCUACUGUGGAAUACUUUUGUUCGCUUUUGCUUUCAUGUCAUUUGAGAUUGUCAGUGCUGGAGGUGGGAUUUCGAUUGCUCCAAUUUGUGAGGAUGACACACCGAUACCAUGUGAAAGCUUUGUUUGCCCCACUGGUACUUCAAAAAUUUUGAUUGGUGAUCAGGGCUUGUGCUGUUGUGGUGUUUAAAAUAAAUUUUCUUUUUAAAGAAUUUAUUAUUUUCAUUUCUAUCAUGAUUGGAAAUAUUGAAAAUAAAAUAAAGUUCAUUGAUUCAUUGGCAAAUUUUUUGUUUCAUUUUAUAACAUUUAAUUUGAUGAAUAAUAAUUACAAUAGAAUCUGUGACAGCUUAAACAUUCCCUCAAACCUAUUCAUCAUGCUUCUUCUCUAGUUUCGUUACUUUUCACAGAACACAGCGUGACAGAAGAAGAGAAAAGAUUAUUAUUAGAAGAAUACAACUUUCUACGUCUUGCAACAAAAACGAUAUCUAAACUAAUUUAAUGAAGCUCAUAAAUUCCUUUUCUACGAUAUUUACUAUCGACUGUCUCACCUGUAAAAUAGGUAAUUCUUUUGGGAUUCGUAAAAACUUUUGCAUUUCUAGGGCGCAUUGAAUUCGCUCAUUCAUCAUACAUAUAUUAUAACGAUUUCUCUUCUUCAAACUUUUGUCAUCAUUGGUUUUGUUAAUGCUAAAAGUGAAAACCCUUUCCCAGCAUGCGAUUUAGAUCAAUUGGCUCCUUGCUGAUCGUUUAUAUGCCCAGA